UCUGCCGCCGCCCCGCUGUCUCCGCUCGGCCUGGGCCCGGCGCAGGGCCGCUGGGAGAGCGCGGGGCGCGCCAUGGCGCUGGGCUCGGCCUGGAAGCGGAUGUUGUGGCUGUACUACCAGUACCUGCUGGUCACCGCGCUCUACAUGCUGGAGCCCUGGGAGCGCACCGUCUUCAAUUCCAUGCUAGUUUCCAUUGUUGGAAUGGCACUGUACACAGGCUAUGUGUUCAUGCCUCAGCACAUCAUGGCAAUAUUGCACUACUUUGAAAUUGUGCAGUGAUGAAGAACGUAUUUUCAAGAAGUAAUCGGGCUCUGAAAUCUGGUCUACAAAGAAGAAUGAACCUCUUAGUUUUAACAAGACUUCUGCUGAUGUCAGAAAGACACAGUUAUGACUCUGAAGACUAGGAAACGAGAUAUGUAGAGCAGGGACGUGAGAUGUCCCCUAUGUUGUGUUCAUUCCUUUUAAUUUUACAAGAUAUGCCCUUGUAUAGUAGUUUUGUCUACUUUAACAUUGUGAUUGUACUUUGAUAUCAGUAUUUUCUUAACUUUGUGACAGUUUCAAUAUUGCACUGUGAAAGCUUUUCUUAAUUGUAAUUUUGAGUAAAUCUUAAUUGCCUUCUAUUUUUAAUCGGAAAUUCAUCUUAUUAAAUGGGGCUUAAAGCUUUUGCUAUUGUAUGGUAUGUAUUUGCCUGGAUAUUUCUAUUAAUGCGUUUUGUAAGAAAAUACAUCUAGAUUCAUAUUAGAGACAUGGAUAUAUUCGUCUAACGCUAUUUACAAAAGUUAGUUUGUAUGACUGAACUCAGGUGUACUGUUUGCUGUCCAAACUUUGUUCAACAGUAUAUUUGUGUGUAUCACCUAGAUUUGGAAUUAGCAAUUACUUCAAGUUUCUGUAUUCCACCUGUUGGGGGAGUUGAGGCAGAGUGAAGACUACAUUCGUUAUGUUUGGAGUAGUGCUGUGGUUCUGGGCUUUAUCUAGUGGGGGGAAAAAAAGACUUUUCUUUACUGACAUAGGCCCACAUAAGGCUUUGGGUUAGCACUUUAAAUCAACCCUGUUUUUCUAGCUACCAAUUCAAUUGUACUUUUACAGGAUGCUUUAUUAUGUUCCAAUGAUUAUGGUUUCUGCUAAUUUUCAGUCAACAAUGUAACUAUGCCUAGGUUUUAAAGGGGUUUUCUAUUGCUGCUAGCUUUCCAAACAUGUUCUUGCUACAAACGACCAAAACUUAGGGGGUUUAAAUGGACUUGAGUUACAACUACAGCAAUAAGUAGCUGAAUACUUGGCUGAAGUCCUGUCUUUUUUUUUUUUUUUAUAGGGAUUUUUUUCAGUUUUGUAUUCUGAAAUGUAAGAUGGUGACAACUUAACUUUCCUAAGUGGAAGAUUUUGUUGUUGUUGUUGUUUAAAAAAUAAAAUUUGAGAAGCAGAGCUUUGAUGCAAAACUUUCUUUGAGAAGUUAAUGUGUUUCUGAAUGCUGCUUGCUUUUCUCAGAACUUUCCAAAAGGGGACAGAUGAUACUUGACCAAAGAAUUGUGAUUUUUAAUGGCCCGGUAAUAACAGGUACUGUUAAAUCUUUUAUGCAACUUCUAUUGAAAUCAGGAAUUGUACCUAGGUUGUGUAACUAAAUUGUUCUAUAAAGAUAUGGUCUUUUAGGUUUAUUUAAUUUUCUCAAGUGCACACUCACAAGAAAAGAGUGGUUUUUUCCCCCUGUAUUUAAGAACUUCAUGUGUAUUUGGUUUAAAAACUGUUGUUGUCUUGCAGCUAUAAACAGUGGGCCUUAAACUUCUUAGGUGAACCCCAGCUUUACUGAAGUUGGUAGGAGUCUCCCACUAAAUUAGUGCCUUUGGUUAUUAAUAACUGGCUAUCUAAACAUAGGUAGGUUUUUGGGGUGGUGGUUUUUUGUCUUUUUUUAAUGUAUCUAGAGUUGUAUGUGAAUAUUUUAAGUAUAUAUGGAGAUAAUGAUAAGUUAACAUACUUUUUGAAUCAAUGUAGCAUAAAUUCCUGCUGUCCAUGGAUUAAAUUGGUAUUGUGAUGUUUCUUUGUGAACUACUACCGUGAUUGAUACACAUCUACUGCUGAGAAAGGGUUUUAGUUGUAUGAGGGGG